GCCGAGAUUUUAGUUAAACCUCUGUUAGCUGAAAAACCUCAAUUCUACAAACACACACGGCGACGCAGAGAAAUGGCGGCGAGAAACGCACUGUUGAAGUACCUGAGGGUCACUGUGAAUCCGGUGCUGCCGUUCCAUAAUCCUAGAGCAACCGGCGCCGGCGUUUCGCAGCUCAUCCGGCGCCACUUCUGCGAAGAAGCUAAGGGCAUCUUCCUCGAAAAAUCGGAAGUCGCCGACCGUGUCAUCAACGUCGUCAAGAACUUCCAGAAAGUUGAUCCUUCCAAGGUUACUCCAAAUGCUCAUUUUCAGAACGACCUUGGGCUGGAUAGCUUGGACACUGUGGAAAUUGUGAUGGCACUCGAAGAAGAGUUCUGUUUUGAGAUCCCGGACAAUGAAGCAGAUAAAAUCAACUCCAUCAAUCUUGCUGUUGAUUUUAUAGCUUCUCACCCUCAGGCAAAGUAAAAGUGAAGCAGCUUCAGCUCCUGCUUCGUUCUUUUCCUUCCUCCCUACCGAAACUAGCCUUCUAAUGUUUGACUAUCCUUUGUUUCGUGAGAAAGAAAACCAAAAAAGGAAAAUUAUUCACAUGUCGACAUCCUAAGACUUCUUUGUAUUGAAUAUUGUCAUGGAUUCUUGUCAAAGUGUCUUGCAUUUGCAAGUUUAUGCUGGUUUUCUGCAUAAUUCCUGCUGAUUGGAACUACAAUGGAGUUCUGUCAUAAAAAUAAUGAAGUUGAUGAUUGUUCCUUCU